UGACAGAUAAAUUAUUUGAUUGUUUACAAGUUAUUUAAAAUACAGAUUAUACAUUUUUCAUUAAUAAUUGUAAGAUGCGUCAUGCAAAGCAUUGAGCAUAUUACUACAAAAUAGAAGUUAAAAUUAGAAAAAUUUAAAUACAUAUUUACAAUCAUUGUCAUAGUAACCGUUGUUAUAUCAAAAUAAUCAAAAUUUUUUUUAAGUUUGUUCAAUGAAUCCUAAGUAAAAUUGUUUAAUUGUUUGUUAUUGGUAAUACUUACUAUAUGUAUUUAUGAACGUUUUGGAAUAAUAUUUAGUCCUUAGGUAUAAAAAUAUAAAAAAUGUCUAUUGUCGUACUUGAAAAACCUAUGCCUAAAAUUUCUAAACCUGAUUGGUUAAAUAAAAUAUCUGAGUUAAAAGAAAUAAGUGAUGUUUUAAUGAGUAAAAAUUUUAAAUUACUUAACGAUUCACAUAAAUUAAGAAACAACACAGACAUAACUUUAUGUUGGAACACGGAGCACACAAAUAAGUCAAUUGUUGAAAGUCAAACUCAAUUAUUAAAGUGGAAAAAUUCAAUUCAAGAAUACUACAAGAAAUUAGAAAAAGAAGUGACCAUUUUAAAAAGUGAAAAAAAUUUAUCUGAAAGAAUUCUCGAAUUUUUGCAUAUAAAUUUUAGUGUAAUAAAUCAUUGCAUGAGUAUAAGAGAUGAAAGAGGUGGUUCUGAUUUAUGUUAUGAUAUUGCUGACAUCGAAUUAAAAAAUGAGAAAAAUAUGUUAGAAUCAAUGAAAAAAGAACUAACUGAAAAAUGUUAUGUUGCAUGGGAACAAAUUUGUAACUUGGAAAACUUAUGUAUUAAGGUAGCUGAAGAUAUAGAAAAUAAAAAUCGAAGCAUAACUAUAAAUAGUGAAUUAUUUAAAGAUUUGAAACAUAUCUCUCUCAAGCCUGAUCCUUUACGAAUUCCGAAUGAUUUUAUUGAAUAUGAAAUGUGGCUUCAACUUUGUAAUAAUCUAAAAUUGAAAAUAGAAACAGAAUUAAAUUAUUCCAAAAUGUUGCGAGAAACCAUGUAUGUAUUUCGUGAGAAAAUAAAAAAUGAUAUAAGAGCACAAAAUGAUGAAGUUAAUUUAACACUUCGUGCCAAAAUAUUUGAAACUGAAAAAUUAAAAAAUGAAUUGUAUUGGCAAAAAUUAAAGAUGGAAGGUGAAAAAGAAAAAUUAUUGAAAGAAAUAGAGAAUUUAGAAAUUGCUGUGGAUAGUAAACUAUAUUUAAAACAACUAGCUGAAACAAAAUGUGAACAGAAGUUAUAUAGAAUCAGUUCAGAACGAUGUAUUGAUAAAACUACCCAUGAACUCCACAAAGAAAUUUUUGAGCUGAACUAUACAACUCGUUUAUUAACUGCAAAAUUACAAAAGACUAGAGAAAUGUUCCAUAUUCUCACUAGACAUAUAAAUCUAAUUGACGAAGAAUUGAAAAACAAAACUCACGCACUUAGUACUGAACAAAAAUGUUUACAAUAUAGAUCAACGCAUCUACAAGAACAGCGUUAAAUUUUGUUUUAAAUUAUACACAAUGAUUCACUUGUUAUGAAUCACUUAAUUAAUCGAAAAACUUAAAUAUUUUUAAUAAUAAUUUUAUUGAUUUCUUUUAGUUCAAUGGUUCUCUUUAUUUAUCAAUCAUUAAGUAUUUUUAAUGUUCAUCACUUAUACCUUAUAAGGUUGUGUAACUUAAAUUUCUCAAAUGGUAAUACAAUAUAAUUGACUAGCUUAUUUUAUCUAAUCAAGAAAAAGACUGGUCGAUAACAACUUUUGAACCAGAAUUUUGGAAUUAAUUGAUAUGUUUAUACUUAGGCGGUAGAAAAAGAACGGUAGUGACAUGUCUAGUGAUUAAAAUCACUUGCGUCUCGCCAAAAGUUAUUACUUAAAAUUGUUAAUUUCUGAAAUAGUAGUUCAAAAAAUGUUAUCGACCAGUCAAUUUCUUAUUAGGUUAUUACUUAUUAAAUAAGCAGUUAAUCAUGCGUGUUGCCACUUUAUAAAUUAAAGUUGAUACUAUUGUUAGGUGUAAUAAAUGAAUUAUAAAAAUAUUUUAUGAUUGAUAAAUAAAAAAAAAACAUCAAACUAAAAGAAACCAAUAAGAAAUUAUCAAUAUUAUUCUAAUUUUUUUUUAAUUAAGCGAUUCGUGUUAAUUGAACCACUCUGUUGUUAAAUAUAAGUAGUUUUGUAAGUUUUAUAAGAUGUAUUAUUUAUAGUUUGUUUGAAUUACUAUGAUAAGUGGACUGUAUACUAGGGUAGACCUGCGCAAAAUAUCCAAUAAUCGUUUUUAAUGUGCAAUAGUAUGGAUUAAUCGAUAUAUUUUUUCUCAUAAUAUAUCGAUGAAUCAACAGUUAUUUUGAUGAUUUAUAUGUUAAAAGAAACUGAAUUUAAUUUAGUUGAAUAUAUUGCCUUCAAAAAUCGUAAA